AUCAGAGAGCGCCGUAACAACGAGGCAGCUUUUUAAAUUUGUACCAGAGUCUGUUUUCAAAAGGCAGGACGGAGUAACGCUGCAGCACGGAGAGACGCGUCUGGCAAUUAGUUACAUGGUUAGUCACGGGUUUUUAAAUCUUGAGGUUCUCAUGCACUUCAUUUUUUACUGCUAAAUCAAUAUUUGGAAUAACGUUCGUGUUUAAGCUGGGUUAACAUUAGUUUUGAUUUGAAUUCACAAGUGCAUGGGCGCAAGCUAGCUUCCAGUGCUCUCCAGUAACGUCGGUUACCAUCGAUUGAACCUUUUCAUAAUUUAACAAAACCUCUGCUUGAUAGUUUUAAAUAUUUCCUUUUUAAAAGAGGCAGAGGAGCACUUUCAUUCAAAAUGAGUGCAGGUAUCGCAAAACCGGCGAUUCCGUCGGCACACGUCGACCCAAAAUCAGCUCCCCUCAAAGAAAUCCCAGAAGUCCUGGUUGAUCCACGCACCAUGAAGAGAUAUACGAGGGGGAGAUUCCUCGGAAAAGGUGGUUUUGCCAAAUGCUACGAAAUCACAGACAUGGAGACGAAGCAGGUGUUCGCUGGAAAAAUUGUACCCAAAUCCCUGAUCCUGAAGCAGCACCAGAGGGAGAAAAUGACCUCUGAAAUCGCCAUUCACAAGAGUCUGAACCAUGCUAAUGUCGUGGGUUUCCACGGGUUUUUCGAAGAUGACGACUUUGUCUUUGUGGUACUGGAAAUCUGCAGAGAAGGGUGAUCCUUGUUGGAGCUGCAUAAGCGUCGUAAGGCUGUGACAGAGCCUGAGGCUCGCUACUACAUGACCCAGUUGCUGAAGGGUGUCCACUACCUGCACAACAACCGAGUCAUCCACAGAGACCUGAAACUGGGCAACAUCUUCCUUAAUGAUGACAUGGAGCUUAAAAUAGGGGACUUUGGUUUGGCCACUAAGAUCGAGUUUGAUGGUGAGAGAAAGAAGACGCUGUGUGGAACGCCCAACUACAUUGCCCCUGAAGUGCUUUGUAAGAAAGGCCACAGUUAUGAAGUGGACAUCUGGUCGCUUGGGUGCAUUUUGUACACUCUGCUGGUGGGUAAACCCCCAUUUGAGACCUCCUGUCUGAAGGAGACCUACAACCGCAUCAAGAAGAACAACUACACCAUCCCCUGGCACAUCAACCCGCUGGCUUCAAACCUCAUCAAGCGCAUGCUGCAUGCCGACCCCGCCCAGAGGCCGACCAUCGCUGAACUGGAAGUGGACGAGUACUUCACUACCGGCUACAUCCCCGUACGUCUGCCCACCACGUGCCUCACGCUGCCCCCCCGGUUCUCCAUGGCCCCCUCCACAGCUACAGAGCUCAGCCAGAGACGCCCACUCACUGCUAUCAACAACAAAGCAGGGACAGAGAAGAUGGAUGUGAAAGACGAGCCUUUGCAAAGGGAGCCUCAGCCGGCAGUGUGCCACAUUAAAGACAUGCUGCAGCAGCUCAACACCAUUAUCGCUGCCAAGCCCUCUGAGAAGGCAGUCAUCUGCCAAGAAGAGGCAGAGGAUCCUGCAUGUAUUCCCAUCUUUUGGAUCAGCAAAUGGGUCGACUACUCUGACAAAUAUGGAUUAGGCUACCAGCUCUGCGACAACAGCGUGGGUGUGCUGUUCAACGAUUACACACGGCUCAUGAUGUACACCGACGGAGACAGCCUGCAGUACAUCGACAAGACGGCGGCAGAGUCCUAUCUCAGCGUGCGCUCGUUCCCCUCGGCUCUCAACAAGAAGAUAACGCUGCUGAAAUAUUUCCGCAACUACAUGAGCGAGCACCUGCUGAAGGCCGGCGCCAACAUGGCCCGGCGGGACGGAGACGAGUUGGCACGGCUGCCCUACCUCUCCCUGUGGUUCAGAACCAAGAGCGCCAUCGUCCUGCACCUCAGCAACGGCACCGUUCAGAUCAACUUCUUCCAGGACCACACCAAGCUGAUCCUGUGUCCACUUAUGAACGCUGUCACCUACAUCGACGAGAAGCGCGAGUUCCGAACGUACAAGCUGUCGCUGCUCGAGGAGUUCGGCUGCAGCAAGGAGCUGGCCAGUCGCCUGCGCUACGCUAAACUCAUGGUGGACAAGCUACUUGACAGCAAGCCUUCCCCCGCCGCACUUUAGACACACCUUCAAUAUCUGUCUGUAUGUAAUAAGCGACACUUUCUUCCUGGUGACGCAGCAGGCCCUUACAUUCUCCUGUAUUUUUAUUCACGGGUCGCUCUGUAACGACCCCGUCGGGCUGUACAUUGAAGAUGUGUGUUCUGUAUGUUGUACAUGAUAGAUGGAUUUCAGUAUUUCAACCACUUUUACUUCCUACUGUGUAAAGAAACUCUGAUCUUGGUGAAGCUUGGUGUCGUAAAAUCAAAGAUGGCUGCAGGUGACCCGACCGAUCAAACAAGCCUUGCAGAGAAAGAUGGAUGUUGAAAGUGAAACAUUCCUCCCAGAUUUCUCUGCUUGUUUGGUUGGGUUUGCGCAGUCGUGCUUUUUAAAUCACGUGGUGCGGGUUGAGUCUCAGAUGGCUGUGUGGAUGGAAAAGGCUUCUCCAGUCUGCUUUUUAUCUGUGUAUGUAGAGAAAUACCCCAUGUCAAUAUUUCUUCAUCAUGCAUAUUCUUCCUGUAGUUACUUUUUACUCUUUUUACAAGUCUAUUUUAGACAUCUUGUCCUUUUCAACAAGAUGUGCAAACGUGUACAUACUGCUGAGUGUGCAUACCUGUUGUAAAGACAAAUGGAUUUUACCCAAGUUUAAAUAAAGAUUCUCUUGAACUUGACAAA